CGCUGCCAUUUGGACCCCUGCACAUUAGUAUUUACUCUCUCUCUCUCUCUCUCUCUGUAUAUACCACUUUUGUUUGGUUGUACUAGUAGUACAUUCUUUCAUUUUCAUCACUGUUUACUAUUUGUCUACUUCAUCCUCUUCUCUACCAUUUCCUCUUUGUUUUCUGCUUCCAAAACCUUCGCAACUCGCCUAUUUUCCAGUAUAGGAAAUGGAGCCAUUUGGGGAGACAGACGUUCUGCUGCCACCUCCACCAGAAAUUCCCCCAGACAUAGAUCCCAUACGAGUACAAGAACCAGAAGAUGUGCCUGAAUUCACGAAGAAAACAUCAGAGCCCAAGCGUGUUCCCAUGGCCAGACCUGGUACUGGAUCUAAAGGACAAAAAAUAUCACUACUCAGUAAUCAUUUCAAAGUUGGUAUUACUAAUGCUACCGGGCACUUUUUUCACUACUGUGUUUCAAUAUUCUAUGAAGAUGAUCGCCCUCUUGAUGGCAAGGGUAUUGGAAGGAAAAUAAUUGACAAAGUUCAUGAAACUUAUGAAUCUGAGCUUGGGAAAAAGGAUUUUGCUUAUGAUGGGGAGAAGAGCUUAUUCACAGUUGGUGCCCUCCCACGUAAUAAGAUGGAAUUUACUGUUGUUCUUGAUUCUGUCUCACCAAAAAGUUUUGGAUCUAAAACAAAUGGUAGUGGCAGCCCCGGAGGGAAUGGAAGUCCUAAUGAGAGUGACAGGAAGAGGCUAAGACGUGCGCCCCAAUCCAAAACAUUUAAAGUAGAGAUCAGUUUUGCAGCUAAAAUCCCAGUUCAGGCUAUUGCAAGUGCGUUACGUGGUCAAGAAUCUGAGAACUCUCAAGAAGCCUUAAGGGUCUUAGACAUCAUUUUAAGGCAGCAUGCUUCCAAGCAGGGUUGCCUUCUUGUCCGACAAUCAUUUUUUCAUGAUAAUCAGAGCAACUUCACAGAUUUGGGAGGUGGUGUCCUUGGGUGUAGAGGUUUCCAUUCAAGCUUUCGCGCCACCCGAGGAGGAUUAUCGCUAAACAUGGAUGGGUCCACUACAACAAUAGUACAGCCAGGGCCAGUGAUUGAUUUUCUCAUAGCCAAUCAAGGUGUAAGAGAUCCUUUUCAGGUUGACUGGGCAAAGGCUAAACGAACUCUUAAAAAUUUGAGGAUAAAGGUAACACCUUCUAAUAUGGAGUACAGAAUUAUAGGUUUGAGUGAGAGCCCUUGCAAAGAACAGAUGUUCUCACUGAAAACGAGAGGACAAAAGGAUGAAAAUGAAAGUGUUGAUGUGACAGUUUAUGAUUAUUUUGUUAAUUAUCGUCACCUAGAGUUACGCUACUCAGCAGAUUUGCCAUGUGUUAAUGUUGGGAAACCAAAACGGCCAACUUACAUCCCUAUUGAGCUUUGCAUGUUGGUUUCCUUACAACGCUACACGAAGGCAUUAACUGUCCAUCAAAGAUCAUCAUUGGUAGAAAAAUCAAGGCAAAAGCCCCAAGAAAAGAUCAGGAUCUUGACUGAUGUAAUGAAAAGCAACAACUAUGGUUCUGAUCCAAUGCUGCGUUCCUGUGGCGUUUCAAUUCAAGCUAAUUUUACUCAAGUAGAAGGCCGUGUUCUGUCAGCCCCAAGGUUGAAGUUGGGCAACGGAGAGGAUCUUAUGCCUCGAAAUGGACGGUGGAACUUAAAUAAUAAGAAAUUUGUGGAACCUACAAAAAUUAAGAACUGGGUUGUAGUAAAUUUCUCCGCUCGUUGUGAUGUACGUGGUCUAUGUAGAGAUUUGGCCAGGGUUGGAGAAAUGAAGGGAAUUUCCAUAGAUCCCCCAGCUGAUGUUUUUGAAGAGAACCCUCAGUUUAGACGGGCUCCACCUCCUGUUCGGGUGGAGAAAAUGUUCGAACAAAUGAUGCCAAAAUUGCCUCAUGGACCACCACACUUUAUUCUGUGUCUUCUUCCUGAUAGGAAGAACUCUGAUGUUUAUGGUCCAUGGAAAAAGAAGAACCUGGCAGAUUUUGGAAUUUUUAAUCAAUGCCUUGCACCUAUGAGAGUUAAUGAUCAGUAUCUCAACAAUCUUCUAUUGAAGAUUAAUGCCAAACUUGGUGGUUUAAAUUCGAUAUUAUCUAUUGAACCUGCAAGAAAUAUCCCUGUGGUUUCAAACAAUCCUACCAUGAUCUUUGGUAUGGAUGUGUCACAUGGUUCCCCUGGUCACUCUGAUGUGCCAUCUAUUGCUGCAGUAGUCAGCUCCAGGCAUUGGCCACUGAUUUCACGUUACAGAGCAUCUGUUCGCUCACAGUCAUCGAAGGUUGAAAUGAUUGAUUCCCUUUUUAAGCGUGGGGCAGACAAUGAGGACACUGGGAUAGUAAGGGAGUUGUUGCUGGACUUCUAUUCAAGUUCAGGGCAAAGAAAGCCAUCACAAAUUAUAAUUUUCAGGGAUGGAGUAAGUGAGUCCCAGUUCAAUCAAGUUUUGAACAUUGAGCUGGAUCAAAUCAUUGAGGCCUGUAAGUUCCUUGAUGAGAAUUGGUCCCCAAAGUUUACUGUCAUUAUUGCCCAAAAGAACCACCACACUAAGUUUUUCCAAGCUGGAUCUCCAGAUAAUGUUCCUCCUGGAACCGUAAUUGAUAAAGAAGUGUGUCAUCCUCAUAACUUUGAUUUCUACAUGUGUGCACAUGCUGGGAUGAUAGGCACAACAAGGCCAACUCAUUACCAUAUUCUGUUUGAUGAGAUUGGUUUUUCUGUUGAUGAUCUACAAGAACUUGUUCAUUCUCUGUCAUAUGUGUAUCAAAGGAGCACCACUGCCAUAUCCAUAGUUGCACCGAUCCGUUAUGCGCACUUGGCAGCUACACAAAUUUCAUUGUUUAUGAAGUUUGAGGAUAUGUCUGAAACAUCUUCAAGUCACGGAGGUCUCACAUCUGUUGGCGGUCCUCCAGUACCAGAGCUGCCCAAGUUGCAUAGCAAUGUGUGCAGUUCUAUGUUUUUCUGCUGAUGUUUGGUAAAAUCCCAAAAGUCUACUACUCUGUGCUGCAGAUAUGUAUAUGUUGUGUUACUACUUACUAGUAUGUUUAUUGUGCUACUAGGUUUUAAGUUAUGGUAGUGGUUGUGAUUAGGGAAGAACUUUCCAAGGAUGAAAUCUUGUUUGAUGUUAAUAUGUAAGAUUUGGGUUCUGGUUGUGUGAGCUUAUUUUAAUGUAUGAACACUUUUUGUUGGGUUAUGUUGUCUACCUGUUUUGUGCAUAUGCAAUUAUCCUUUGUUUA